AUGCAGAAGGAACUCCAGGUCAGCUCUGCCAGGAAGGCUGCGAACGGAGACAGGAGCCUGGUGAUUCACGAGGAGGCGGAGGAGGGAAGCUUCGUGGAGAGCGCCGCCAGCCAGGUGUCCGCAGCUCUCGAAUCCUUCGAUGAGGUCCUUCGCAUGACAGGCAAACUCCAGCCGCAUCAGGUUCUGAAGGCCGACGGCCUUCUGGUGGAGCGCGCGCCGGAGAUGUUUGUGAUCUUUGUCUCACACCAGUGGCUAGGUUAUAGGCAUCCUGACCCCCAAGGGCAACAACUUGCGGCGCUGCAGGGUAUUCUGCGAAACCUGAUGGCUAGGAGGCUGAAAGUGGAAAGCGACAUAACCUCACAGUUCUACGGUAAGAACUACAUACUGAGCAAGGCGGAGCAUCACCAGAUAUCCGAGGGCUACCUCUGGCUAGACUACCUUUGCGUCCCGCAGCUUGUGGAGGGCUAUGAGACGCAAGGACUUCCGGAGGAGCAGCUCCGUUACGUGCAUAGCAUCCCCUGCUACGUGGACCUGAGCCAUGUUUUCCUUGCCCUGGUUCCGAAGGCCGUCCAUGAGAACGGAGUGGAACUCUGCGACUACUACAGCUGGCUCCAACGUUGGUGCCGCACAGAGUUUUGGUGCAAACUCCUGUCUACACGGUCACACAUACCGAUUAUCGUCGUGACGGAUCAUGAUGUGGCGAAGUUCACCACUCCGAUCUGGUACCGAUACCCAGUGCACACGGGCGACUUCAGCGUGGAGAAAGACCGCGCCUCGUGCAGCCGUACGAUUCAGGCGGCAUUGACUGAACAUCUGUCUGAGCUGCGCCGGUCCAAGAACAAGACCGCCUAUCGGCUCUACCUCGCACUCUUCGAGCAGACGGCCGGCCUUCCAUACAGGGCUUCCCUCCGGACUCGUGCGCCCGGAAUGCCCGAGUUGAUGGGGGCGCCAGACUUCACUCCCUUGCACUUGGCGGCAUGGUUCGGCAGCCACAACCUUCACGUCUUGGAGGCGCUGCUGGAGCUGCGCGCCGAUCCCAACGACUCCACUGUGGGCGCCGCCCCUCCCUUACACUAUUGCCGCACCGUGGGCGCGGUGGAUCUGUUGAUUCGGUACGGUGCAGGGGUGAACUUUCAGGGCACAUCGGCCUAUGCGCUCUGCAGAGCCGAGCCUUCCUCGCUUGUAAAGGUCUCUUGUAACAUGAGCACCACGCCCCUGGGCCAUUGUGCCCAGCUUGACAACGCAGACCUCUUGCUCUUCCUGCUGUCUCCGACCCAUCGACCUCGCUGCCUCUGA